UCGAGAUGUGGGAAUCAUAGUGUAAAUUUCACUCUUGAUUGUGUAUAUGUUAGUGUGUGUCCUUUCAGUCAAUUCUGGAGACUUAUCUCAGUAUUCAACAACGCAUGAUGAUAUCCUAAUGUAGCGCUGGAGAUGGAAGACAAGGUCUUUUGAAAUAUCGGAGGGGAUUAUCGUUACAUCACAGUCUACGGGAGGUGCCGUGGCAUUGAGGCGGACUCUGGCAUGAUGUGGGGGAUCAUGCUCACGCUGUCCCUGAUCUUUACUGAUGUCAUGGAGACCACUCGUUUCUCUCCCCCGGGGAAGCCCAAGCUCACAGCCUGCCGAUCCCCGGAGAAAGAGACAUUCACCUGCUGGUGGGAGCCUGGCCAGGAUGGAGGACUGCCAACCACCCACUCUCUGUAUUACCGCAAGGAGAGCUCUGAUGCUGUGUACGAGUGUCCAGAUUACCGCACGGCGGGAGAGAACUCCUGCUUCUUCAACAAGAAUGACACCUCCAUCUGGGUGAACUACAACAUCACGGUGGUGGCCACCAAUGCCCUGGGGCAUGCCGUCUCUGACCCGGUGGAUGUGGAUGUGGUGUAUAUUGUCCAACCGCACAUGCCGGAGAACGUGACCGCGGUCGUGCAGGAGGUGGAGGGGAACGACCCGUCCCUGCUGGUGCGCUGGGAGCCCCCUCGGAAGGCGGACACGCGCUCCGGCUGGAUCACGCUGGUCUACGAGCUGCGUGUCAGGCUGGUCAAAGGAGAAAAGUGGGAGGAGCACUUUGCAGGCCAGCAGAAACAGUUCAACAUCUUCAGCCCACACUCAGGAGAGGUCUACGUGGUGCAGGUCCGCUGUAAACCAGACCACGGCUUCUGGAGUGAAUGGAGCUCCACGGCAUACGUCACAGUCCCCGACUAUAUUCAGAGAGAGAGGUCACAGUGGAUCCUGAUAGUUGUCAUGUCAGCUUUUGCUUUUGUGAUCAUCACAUGGACCUUAAAUGUGAACCACAUCAGUGUAAAACAUUUUCUGCUUCCCCCUGUUCCUGGACCUAAAAUCAAAGGAUUUGAUACACAACUGCUCAAGGGUGGGACAUCAGAGGACAUACUCGAUCAUUUCGGUGUCAUGGGCUUCCCCCCGACAUUAGACUACGAGGACCUGCUGGUGGAGCACUUUGAAGUGUACGACGCGGAGCAGGAGUCGGUCCUCGAGGGGAAGGACCUACAAGAGGGGCAUUUGAAGGCCCCCUCUGACUCCGAUUCCGGGCGGGGCAGCUGUGACAGCCACACCUUGCUCAUGGAGAAGUGUGGCGAGCCCAAGGUGGACCAGACCGCGGUACCGAAGGGCGAACAAAGUCGGUCCCUGGUGAGGAGCAACAGCCACGCCGGCCGUAUGGACUCCGCUCAACCCGCUGGUGACACCAACCGAUCCUGGCCGACAGUCUUCUCGGAGAAUCACAUUCAUAAACCCCCCUAUCACAGCAUUGCUGAGAUAUCCAGGCAGUGCCAUAGCCCUGGCAACCACUGUCCCCCUUCCCACCAGAAAGACUACGAGGAAAAGCUCACAGGCGGUACCCGUCUCGGCAAACACCCAGGUGGCUCGAGGCGCGUGCCAAACGACAGUGAGUGUAACGUCCCCGCGAUUGGCCACAAGGGGGAAGCCAUCUUCCAGCCUUCCAAGGCCAUGGAGUACGUGGAGGUCCAAAAUGUGGAACGAGAGAAUAUGUUGACACUGAAACCUAUAGCGAAAGAAGUAAAGGACCAGUUCACAGGGCAGGACUACAGUAAGGUGAACGGGGUGGUCAACGACAGCAUCCUCCUGCUUCAGAGGGAAAUGGCCGCUGACGACCACGAAUUGAAGAACGCGGUGGAGAACUGUGCCCAGCAACAGGCUGGUAAACCACCAGGCCACAUAGCAGCUCCGCUGCCCUAUGAGGGAGCGCACAUAGCCAGUACCGGCUAUGUUGACACAGCCGCCAUACUGCCCACCUUUUCUCAACCCACCCAAAGGGAAUCCCCAUAAACUCGCGUAGCUCACAUUUCCAGAAUUAUUGAUCUUUUUGGGAUCGUAAAGAAAUAUGCACUUUGUUAAUAGUUAUAGUUCUAUAUCACACAAUGGGUGAGCAGAUUGUGUCAAAUUAUGUUGAUAAUAUACAGGUAAACAUUCUGACUGAGAAUGUGCACAUACGUUUAAGAACAGUAUCGUAUUCGUGUGCUGUGUCUAACUUCAUUAUGACUGAUAUGAAGUUAUUUCGUAUUACAAUAUUACUGUAAUUGCUUAAAUUAAAAUGUUUGUACAAUCAUAUUAUGUGUUUUUAGUCACAAACAAAUCAGAAUCAAUCAAAACAGUACUUAUAUCUUUUUUCAUAAAAGACAAAUCAAUCAUUUUCACAAAUAUAUAUUCUGGCAAUAAGAAUAUGCUUAUUUUGUUUAUAUUUAAGAUUAAAAUACCUUUUAUAAAGAUUAUAUUUUCUGUUUAUAU